CGCCCCCCUCAGCUCUGAUUGGCCGAUGAGCGGCACCUCCCUCCCCUCCCUCAUUUGUAUUCAGGGUGUACAGUCUUUGUGGAGGACAGAGGGGAGAGAGGGAGAAAGAUUUAGGUAAAGGCAAUAGGAUCACAGCAAGACAGGCGUAUAUUGAAGAAGGAAUGUGGAGAUAGAAACGAGAAAGUGGAAGACUGGAUUGAGACAGAGAGACAGGCUGAAAGCAGUUUUUUGGUGGAUGGAAGCAGGUGUUAAAGUGCCACAAAGAUCUAUAGGUUCUGGAUGGUGACUGGAACUCGGGGUACAUGACUGUGUUGGAUUGUAACCCAGCUGGGAUCAUCUAAACCUGGGCUGACGGCACUGGAAGACAUCCUGGUGAUACGCUCCCGGACAUUCCUGCUGUGCAUUUGAGGGGGUCUCGUUGGCGUUGGGGAGGCGUGCCGCACAGACGGGCGAACGCACUGGCUAUGUGUGUGUUUGUGGGUGUGUGUAUGUGUAUCUCCGAGUGACAUCCCCCUAUGUCCUUCUUUUUGUGGCUGUGUGUGAACCAGGGCCCAGUAUAUGGAUAGAAGCUCUCUGUUUCAGCUCAUACAAGAGCAGCUGGACCCAGAUCAGACUGGUUUCAUUACAGUGGAAAAUUUCACUAGUCUAGCUGAGCAUCAUGAGUUACAACUGGACCCCAGUAAACUGGAGAUGCUGCUCGCGCUGGUACAGAGCAACGAGCACGGACACGUCUGCUACCAGGAACUCAUAGAACUGCUGAACAGUAAACGUUCUAGUAGUUUUCGCCGAGCCAUUGCAAAUGGGCGUCGCACACUGCAGCGAGAGAUCCUAUUGGAUGAGACGGGACUGGGCGUGUACAAGCGCUUUGUGCGCUAUGUGGCUUAUGAGAUUCUGCCGUGCGAAACGGACCGACGAUGGUACUUCCAUCAGAACCGGAUCUGCCCACCACCUGUGUUUAUGGCCAUUAUAACUAUUGUACAGAUCAUUGUGUUUAUGUGUUAUGGAGUGAUGCUGAAUAAAUGGGUGUUGCAAACGUACCAACUGGAUUUCAUGAAGAGUCCGCUGGUGUAUCAUCCCGGGCACCGGGCACAAAUCUGGAGAUUCUUCAGCUACAUGUUCAUGCAUGUUGGUUUAGAGCAGUUGGGCUUCAAUGCUCUUCUCCAGCUGAUGAUUGGAGUUCCGUUAGAGAUGGUUCAUGGGAUCCUGAGAAUCAGUUUGCUGUACAUGGCAGGAGUCGUUGUUGGUUCAUUGACGGUGUCCAUCACAGAUAUGCGAGCUCCGGUGGUGGGCGGGUCCGGCGGGGUCUAUGCACUUUGCUCAGCACAUCUCGCUAACGUUGUCAUGAACUGGGCAGGUAUGAAGUGUCCAUACAAGUUGCUACGGAUGAUUCUUGCACUGGUUUGCAUGAGUUCUGAAGUGGGCCGGGCUGUAUGGUUACGCUUCUCUCCACCCCUUCCCUCCUCCGGGCCACAGCCCAGUUUCAUGGCACACCUGUCCGGCGCCGUGGUGGGCAUCAGCAUGGGUCUCCUCAUCCUACGCAGCUACGAGGAAUCCCUGCAUAAACAGUGCUCCUGGUGGGUGCUCAUCUUCUCCUUCAUCACCUUCCUCCUCUUCGCCAUCUUUUGGAACAUUUUCGCUUACGAGCUGCUUGGGGUGCAAAUCCCGCCCCCUCCCUGAUGACACGCCCCCCCAGUAGCUUAGAAGACAGGUCCAACCUCAGCACACUCCACUCAACCAGCGGUGGAGAAAUGGACAUGAAAACAAGAAGGAUUUGAAACGGCGAGAAAUGACAAACACAUACUCGCAUUCCAUACAGUUACAGUACAUAAACGGCGUGAUAUUUUUACUAAACACUCCAAGGCAGCUCAAAGGUCCAACGAGCUUAUUUGAACAGACUGUAAGUAUGUCUUACGACAAAAACAUGCACACACAAACACACACACAUCAGAUUUGUUGUCUUCUCUCUGUUUGAAUUUCAGCCUAAGGCUCAUUCACGAUGCAUUUCUGUAUUGUUUUAAUUUGACAGCCUCAUCUAAGCCUGUUAUGCAUUACAGAUACGAUCCGUAAUAGAUGAAACUGCUGCACUCGAACCAGGAAUCUCUCCGACUUAAAACAAAGCCUUACGUUUGAAGAUACCGUCCUCGCAGAGGUAUGAGGGAUUGUUGAUAUCAUUUGAUAUAAUUACGGAUCGUAUAAGUAGCGUUCUUUCAAGGGAGAAAGUGUUUCAAAGUGUACAAAAUCAUGUUUGAAGACCUGAAGAUCUCGAAUUAAUUUUUGUUUACGUUCUCGUUUGCUGUACAUACACGCACACAUGCAAACACCAAGGCCAAGAAACCAGAGCUCUGUUCCAAAACAUAGUGAGCUGCCUACGUAGGCGGUAUUUUAAGGUAUCGCAGGCACGCUUAUGAUGCAAUGUCUGUUUCAAAAGUUAUGCUGCCUUCUAAGAUACCCUCUUUUGACCAACUUCAAAGAUACCAUCGCAUGUAUUCUCAGCAAAGAUAGCAAUCCCUGAAUGCAUUGUAAGACAUUCGUCCAAGAUGGUCGACAAGACGAGAGAAAUUACACUUACAGAGUUUGAACGAUAUUGGAUUUUGCCGAUACUGAUAACUAAGCUUGUGGAAAAGACAGAUAACUGAUUAACUGGCCAAUAGUUCUGUAAAAACAUUAAUCGAAUGAAUCGCAAUUAAUUGCAUAUAUAAAUAUUUGCUGAGAAAUCCCCUCAAAUAACAAUAAUUCAGUAUGUAAUGAUAAAAUAAAUUUUUGGUCACUGUCAAGUUAAACAUAGUUUGAAACUUAGAAAAACACAUCAAGAGAUCCCUGCGUUCAGAUUCAUGUUCCAUAAAGCUAUGUUUGAAAGCGUCCGUCCUCAUCUUCACUGCGUCCAAAUAUCCAUACUUCUCUACUAUAUAGUAUGCCAAAAACGGUUUACCAAUGGAAUAGUUUGUCCGAUUCUACAGUAUUCACGAAGCAGUAAGUGAGAAAUACCAGGAUGACUUACUUUUUCCAGCGAGAUUUUAAAGUGCAUAUCGACUGGACACUUAACGAUCCCAUAAUCCCUCGGGAGCUGAAGCGUCACGUCCAAAACACUGGAUUUAAAAGAAUGGCAGUGAAUCGCAAGUCGGAUGCCUCUUCUCAACGUUAAGUGCUAUAUAUACCAAGAUAAUUGUUCCUUGUGCUUAAAUGGUGCUAGUUUAACAAAACCAAAGCAAAUAGUUUUCGCGGUUUUUGUUAUUACGUCAUAUAUUCAGGUCACGAGGCGAUGCCAACGACCCCGGAUGAAAAGAACGUACUGUUUUGCCGGCAGAUAAGUGCGUCCUUCAUCAAAUACAGUACAUACUGUGAGAGUAUGAUUAAUUUUGUUAGUUUUUUAACACGUUAUUUUUUUAUAUAAUUAAUCGCACCGAAAUAACGCGUUAAAUCGACAGCCCUAAUUAAAACAUUUCUAAUGUCUUACAUUUCUAGUCUUUCCUUACUGUGACGGGCCCAAACAUAGAAACAUCAAGAGAUCAAAAUGAAUAAAAUCCCAGAUGCAUUUUACGCUGGUAAAAGACGCUGGCUACCACCCCUGGAAUUCGCUAGUUCGAAUCCCAGGGCGUGCUGAGUGACUCCAGCCAGGUCUCCUAAACAACCAAAUUGGCCCGGUUGCUAGGGAGGGUAGAGUCACAUGGGGUAACCUCCUCGUGGUCGCUAUAAUGUGGUUCGUUCUCGGUGGGGUGCGUGAUGAGUUGAGCGCAGAUGCCAUGGUGGAUGGCGUGAAGCCUCCACACGCGCUAUGUCUCCGUGGCAACACGCUCAACAAGCCACGUGAUAAGAUGCGCGGGUUGAUGGUCUCAGACGCGGAGGCAACUGGAUUCGUCCUCCGCCACCCGGAUUGAGGCAAAUCACUACGUGACCACGAGGACUUAAAAGCACACUGGGAAUUGGGUAUUCCAAAUUGGGUGAAAAAGGGGAAAAAUCCCAAAAAAAUAAAUAAAUAAAAAAAAUCCCAGAUGCAGUUUAUUGUGCAACCAAAAUCCCAAUAAUAAAUGGUAAAAUAAAGAUUUAGUGCAUAACGUGGAACUUUUUAAGUAUGAAAAAGCCUAAGUACAUGGGGGACUCUUAUUUUGAAAUGUCUCUGCUAGGGACAGUCAUUUUCAAACAGUUUUGUAGUCAACUACUCUAACCCACAAAAUAAAAAAAGAGUAAUCGAUUACUCGUAAAUUAAAAUAUGUUAAUAAUAACAAGUAUGACACACAUGUAAUAUUUAGUAACAAAUGUUACCAAGCACAGUUUAAAAAGAAAAUAACUUCAACAAACUAUGCUUUUCUUUUUUAAUUAAAUAAAAUAAAUAAAUAAUAGAUGGAAAGUACAGUAUAAUUCAGCCUUGCUCAUGGCAGGCAAAUGUGCAGAGGAAAAUCAAUUUGUAAUAUUCGAGUAGUGUUUUAAUUAGUUGACUAAUUUGUGCGGAACGAGUACUAGAUUAGUCGAUAACUCUUACACAUCCCUAGUCUCUGUUUACUAAAACACAAGUGAAACAAAACAUGCACUUACAGUCAUCUUCAAUGUAUUAUUACAAUGGAAGCACUAUAAAGUAAACAUAGUCAUAUAGGCUAAUAAAUACCGUAUAAGCAGUAAUUCAUUUUGCAGAAAAAGCAAUUAUCAGCACUGAUUAAUCAGUUAAACUAAUAGAUCGGUUUACGCUUAUAUAAAUAUAAUUCAUUCUACCCCAAAAAGUAUCAAUAAAAAUACUUAAUUCUAAUUUAACAAAGUACUGUUUCCCCCAUAAUGGUGUGUGCUAUGUAUAGUUAUGCUUAUUAGCGUAUAGUGUCAUUAGCUUAUUGAUCAAUUGUCGAGUCAAGUCUCCUAUUAUUAAUUCACUUCGAUGCUGCCUACUGUAUGUAGAGUGUUUCAGAUCAGCCACAUAUCAGGGUUAAUUUCAGGUAGGAUGCUGGUAGACAGCUGCCUAUAUAGGCAGUAGACAGCAAGGAAGCUCACUAGAUUUUGGAACAGAGUACCUAUCUGGCCCUUCACAAAUAUUUCCAUUGAAUAUAUAAACGCAAGCUAGAUAGUGAGGAGUUUACAAGCAAACAGAGACAGUGUUGCAGCCAAUUUGUCUGUGCCGCACAGUAAUUAUUUAAAAUGUAGUUAUUGCGGUGCAGGUAAAAGUUGUUAUUGUAACUGCAGUAUCAUGAGAAAAGAUGCUUUUGACAUAGAAACAUCAAGUGGUCACAACCACCAACCCUAAAAUUCUUGUGAAAAUUCAGUCUGCCAAUAUUUGUAGCCAAUGAGGGUUGUCCUAGAUAAUAAUAAUAAUAGUAAUAUUAAUAAAGAUUAUAACUGGAUUUUAUAUGAAUGUUUACUUUAAUCCUCAUGUUCAUUACCAGACUGCAAAAGUAGACAAAAGUUACACUGGAGUAUUUUAUGACAGCAGUGCCCUUAACUCUUUGGCUAGAAACAUACUUUACAAAUGUAUGCUAACGCGGAUGCUAAUGCAUUGCAAGUGCACUGUUCUGUUGAACAAACUGAACAUAUGUUAUUGUGUUACUGUGGCAGUAACAAACCUCAGGACUCGAGGGGGCGAAAGAGUUAUCUGUCAUUCAGGUAACUAGCUAUAAACAUUAAUAAAUGCUAACUAAAAUUAGUUUGAACUCUUUUCAAACUGACCAUAUGAGGACUGUUUAAACUUCAGUAGCACCCCUUGUGGCAAUACGGUGUACGUGUACUUGCACUGUAUUAUGAAUUUAGCUCUGAUAUAUUUUGGAACGCAACGACGUGUAAAAAACCAACUUGGCUAGCUAGAAGUGUUUGCGUUCACAUACUUGUGUAGAGUGUGUUUUGGGCCUUAGACAAAGCACAUAAGUAGCAAAUUCUGUAGUGCCAAGUUACCAUUCGCUAAGCUGCUAAAACAUAAUUAAAAGGAAUUAAUGAAAUUGCUAAAGGGAAAGUUUUAUAUAAAAGUGCUAUGUUUUGACCUGAUUUCUUUUCAUUUUGAAAAGCAUGACAGUGUGUUAAAGUCUGUAAUGUUGUGGAUUUGUACGGCAUAGGUUCAUAGUUAUAUUUAUUCAGAGCGGCUAUCGUUGUUAGAUUGUCUUAAACCGAGGGGUGUGAUGAUGCAAGACUCCAAACGAAGUGUAUCUAACCCGAAUCACCCAUGCAAACAGAAAGUGCUGGAAGAUGCGAAGCAAAAAACAAACAAAUGAACAAUACAAAAUGUUUAUUUAUAAAUUCUCACCAGCUGUACUGUGCCCAAAGGUCAUGGUUAUGUAGCAUAAGGCAUUAAUGCUUUAGAGGGAACAUGAGUUAUAUGAUUAUUUUAAAGUCAACAUAAAAUAAUAUUUGUGAAACAUGCUGUACUUCUGUAAUUUGUCAUAUAGCAGAGUUAAACAGGAUAUUAAACAAGAAAAAAAAAUGUAGAGUGGGACAUGGUUUUAGUCAUGAUGAAUUGAUUGGAUUGUGAAAAGUAGGAAUGAUAUACCAGAAUGUUUUUUGCAGUUGGAAAUGAAAGGGCUUGGUGACAUCAGCCAAAAGGGAAAGUCGUAUCAUAAUUUUUUCAUAAUUAAAUUUGUACUACGAAGAUUACGAAGACAAGCAUUUUUUCUGUGGAAUUGGUUGAAAGUUCUACUGUUGAAAUCAGUGUGUUGACCAAAAUUCGAAUCACUGUCCCCAGUGGCCGAAGCUGGAAUUGUUGUUGAACGUAUGCGCACAUGUUAGCCCCUGUUUCCAGGUGAAACGUCCACAGGGUGGCGCCAGAAGCAUGUCAUAUUUUUAGUUGUAAAUGAUGUUAUACAGUAAACACCAACGCAUAUUUUAUUAACUCUACUCCCUAGCCCUUACCCCAACCCUAAACCUAACCGUCACUGGAGUAAAAAUAAAAUUUUAGAGCAAAAAUGCAACCCCCUAAAUGCGCUAACCAUUGUUUAUGUAAACGCGAUUACUUCCUGGUUCCUACGGGAUGUCUCGGAGGAUGCUCGCGCAACGUGCUAUCAGUACUACAGAAUAAAUCAAAACUAAAUAUAAUUUCUAAAAAGGUUUGAAAAUAACAGGGUUGCUGAUUUAGCCUUUGUCGGGCUAGCAUGUUUGGGAACAAAUUUUGGU